GAAAGGUUCCUUAAUGAAAAGAAAAUCCUCUUAGCGUCACUUUCAAUUCGCGCCAAUGCUUAUUUUUUACUUAGUAAAAGGGAAAAAGUCAACGCGCCCCCUCCACUUUUGAAAUGGGCGAAUAUUCUAACAUUGAACCAGUCUAGAGAAGGCUCCCUCGGCACGAUUUAGUCAGCAAUUCAGUUCACCGUGAGCAAGGAAGUGUACUGGCAAGGAUUUGAGACCCCAAAACUGUUGUGUAAAUCGGUCUUAGAAAAUGUGGACUCGGGAAGAAAGUUUAUCGGUUCUAAAAGAUAAGUUUUUAGUGGAGUGGAACAUUGAUGUUACGUUGUGAUCGAUGUGGAGCCACGGUGGAAGCCGGUGUCCCGAGUUGGAAUAUUUCCCAGGGCAUAGAUAGUGGUGUCCAGGGACGGGGUGAACGGUCAUGCCUCACUUACUUGGGUUCCAGUCUGGCCAGGAGCUAGGGCUGAAGCUUCUGGUCUGGAUUUCCCUCUGGGAUUUUCUCUGUUCACAUGAGCUGAAGACGACGAGAUGGCCUCUCUAUUCCCAGAAGCCCCUGAUCCUGGCCUGGAACGCUCCCACUGAGGACUGCACCCCUCGGCAUGGCGUCCGCUUCCAGCUGGACCAAUUUGACAUUGUAGCGUCACCCAACGAGGGCUUCGUCCGCCAGAACCUUACCAUCUUCUACAAAGACCGCCUGGGGCGGUAUCCAUACUAUGAGCGCAACCGGGAGCCUGUAAACGGUGGCAUCCCACAGAGUGCCAGCCUCACUCAGCACCUGGAGAAGAUGCCCGAUGAUGUGGGCUACUACAUACGGGACCCCACAGCAAAAGGUCUUGCUGUCAUUGACUGGGAAGAGUGGCGUCCUCUUUGGAUCCGUAACUGGGAGGCGAAGGAUGUGUACCGGGAACACUCACGACGCCUGGUGGCCCAGAAGAACCCAAUUUGGUCCUCAGACCAGGUGGCCAAAGUGGCUCAGCAGGAAUUCGAGUUGUCGGCUCGCAAGUUCAUGCUGGAGACCCUACGGACGGCCAAGAGCUUGCGUCCUGGACAGCUGUGGGGCUUCUAUCUCUUUCCCGACUGCUACAACCACGACUACCGCAGCGGGCUGGAGAACUAUACGGGCCGCUGUCCAGAUGUGGAGAUGGCACGCAAUGAGCAGUUACAGUGGCUGUGGACAGAGAGCACGGCACUAUUCCCCUCCAUCUACGUGGCCCCAGCGCUCCGCUCCACACUCUCUGGACGCCAGUUCGUCCGUAACAGGGUUAAGGAGGGCAUGCGGCUGGCAUCGACGGGCAAUGGGACGGCGAGACCUGUCUUUGUGUACACACGACCCACCUAUGCCAACGAGCUGACGCUGCUAACAGAGAAUGACCUGAUCUCCACUGUUGGGGAGAGCGUAGCUUUGGGGGCCGCAGGAGUUAUCCUCUGGGGCGAUGCCACCUACGCCAGCAGCAACGCCAGCUGCUCCAGGCUUAACGUGUACUUGCGUGGUCCACUGGGUCGCUACCUUCUCAACGUGUCCACGGCAGCAGAGCAGUGCAGCAAGGCACUGUGCGGGUGGCGCGGCCGCUGCCUGCGCAGGAACACGGAGACGGACGCCUACCUGCACCUCAACCCGCUGACCCACAGCAUCCAGGAGCAGGGCGGUCGGCUGCACGUGCGGGGCCAGCUCGGAACACAGGAUCAGCUGAGGCUGCGGGAGAGCUUCCAGUGUCAGUGCUACACGGGCCACCGAGGAGAGGACUGCUCGCAGAAGGAGCCUGGACGCAACCACGCAGCCUCAGUCUGGCGUGUCUGGCUCCCCAGUUUCAUGCUCCCACUCGUACUGCUGACACUGCUGCAUUGAGACCUGUGGCUGAGUUUGGGGAGACGUGCGAAGGAUGGUUGGCCCAGAGGGCCCAGGCAAAGAGCGGCUGAUCCCUUUAUAAAGUCAGAGUUAAAGGGAGAGCGCCAUAGUGCGCCUAACCACAUGUGACUCUGGAGUCAUUCCAACCCAAAGAUCUGAUCACCCAAAGGAUGGAUAUACCUUGUGAAAAUCUGUGUGUAUGUGCAAUUAUUACAUUAUUUAAUAGUCAUUUAGUCUAGCUAUUUAGUCACUAAACUAAUAGUUUAGUGAGUAAAAUGUGUGGUGAUAUGAGUGUUUGUUUGUGUGCCUGUGUGUCUUUUGUUUCAGGAUGUUUUUGUGACUAUGAAAAAAAAUCCUCUUUGGGGGAUAUUCAUCUGUCCCCUCAUCUUUAUCCCAUUCCUCAUUUCCCUCACAUUCAGAUGAGCUACAGAGUGAGACAUCUCUAAAUGCAUCAGACUUGUGAAACCCCUUCACAUGUAGGAGUGGCCUCAGGCACAGGAGUCUAAACCUCAACAUUAUACCAAAGGGGCACUACACAGGAGAGAGGCUUCCAUCCAAAGGUGGCAUAGAGCCCUCUCCUUUUUGUUCACUAAAAGAAAUGUCUGACAGAUAGGUUUAAUCUGUGCAGUGCACAGUAUACUGGUGAGGGAAUAUGUUGUAUGUAUUUGUUAACAAUUGUUUUGAACAAUAUCUCUGAGCAGACCUCUUUGUGCAACUUUUCAUCUUUGUGGAGAGAAUGUCCAGCAGCAGUGACCUUAGAUCACUGAUUUUCACACAGUAUUCCGGUGUCUUUAUUUUGAAAGACACAAAAAGGAUAACACAUUUGGAAAACACUCACUGAUGUGGUCCAAUACAGGAUAAGUCUACAAAUGAGGAUAGUAGUUUGUAAAAAAUUCACAUAUAGCCUAAUGUAAAAGUACAAAUAACUAAUAUACAGUAAACCUCCACUGCUGUGUUAACUUGCCUUCAAGUUAGUCAUGGUGCCUUGAUAAUCGCAAUUGCAACAUUUACCUUGACUAAACAGGGAUAACUUUGUUGUGUGCUUUUAAACUAAACAGGUUAUGCAGGUAUCCUGCAUUUAUAUGCUGCAGCUUUGGGAAUCACCAAAACGUUUUGCUUUAAGAUCACUAAAAAUUGUUUUUCACACCAGUGUACUGCUUAGCUGUAGUACUUAAACUGAGGAAUAUCACCCAGACACAAGUAUGCAUUCCCCUUUAAGUUUAAGAUUACUUUUUCACUUAACAUCCAGUAUAAACACUGGAAGUCUUAUGUGCAAUCACAACUUACUGUUACAUACAAGUUCAACACAAGUCAUUACCUCUUUCACAAUCUGUCAUAACACAGAAUAUUCUUUUUGUGUUUUUUUCUCCUUAAAUAUUUACUAUAAAAACUUGAUAUUCAGCACACUUUUAUUGUUCUGGUUCAUUAUGAUGAGAUCAUGCCGUUGGGUUUUUAUUACCUUCCAAUGGAAGACUUAUGUUUCAUAGACUUGACUUUGUAGAUUUGAUCAGAUGUGAUUGUGUUGAUAUUCCACCACCACAGUGCUUUUGUGUCGUUGCCAAGCAGCAAAAUGUAUUCUGUGUCUUCACCUUGGAGCCUUCUCUGGUGUGUUUGAAUUGAACAAAAUAAAUGUUUAUCUUGAUGGUGUUUAUAGUAA